UUCACGUGACCGCAACUUUCAGCUACUUCAUCAUGGCUUUUCCUACAGACGAGCAGUUCAGUGCCUUGCAGCUUUUAUUAAAGGCUCAGUCUAAAGAUGCAGUCCGGCAGAUUUGCGCAGAGAGUUACCCAGCUGCAGCGCUCAAGUCUCAGUAUCUGGUGGAAAACACCGCAAAUGUGCUGUCCGUGUCCAAUGAUGAAGCUAUUCGAGUCCUGACAGCAUUUCACGCGCUUUCGCAUCAUGUUGUGUACCAUAAUUUAACCUCUCCAGACCAGAUCCUGCAUGUUUUCCCAGAAUCAUUCCACUCAAAUCUGAAGAACCUGAUAACCAAAAUUAUCUUGGAGAACAGUGUCACUUGGAGAAAUGAAGCUUUGUCCAGUCAAAUUUCACUUCCAAAGCUGGUGGAUAUGCAGUGGCGAGUAGAUAUGAAGACAGCCUCAGACUCUUUAAGUCGUAUGGCUGUGCCAACCUGUCUGCUACAAAUGAAACUCGAUGACACGCCAUACAAUGUUGGCAGUCCAAAUGAUUCCACAGUUACAGUGGAGCUGAGCAAAGAGACACUGGACACUAUGAUAGAUGGCUUGGGUCGCAUCAGAGACCAGCUGACAGCAGUGGCAAGGAAAUAGAGCAGGAGGGAGAAUCUCGCACACACCAGUUUAUGGACAUUCAGACAAAGAAUGAAUGAACAUCAAAAGAAUGUUGAAAAUGUAAAUGGAAGUUAAUAAAUAAGGAAUUGUUAUCUGAUACACUGUAUAAUAUGUUUGAUAUUUUGAUGUUUAAUGUACAGAAACAUUGUCAUACAAGUUGUCUUUUACAAACAAUUUUCUCAUUUCUUAAGUAUUUUAUAGUGGCAUGAGCAUUAAAAAAAGUUAUGUAAAAACAUGAUCAGUGUUUGCGAAAAUGAAAUAAAUUCUGUC